GCUUAAAGUCACCGGCAGAGAGUCGGAUGUCGCCUGACCGGAUGGUAGCUGGAAGUUUUUUUUUUUUGUAUUGUGAGUUUUUUUUAAAAACGCCGAUUGACUGCAGUUAAACCUACAACACGGCGACGUUCGCUAAUAGUAAACGAUCCGUAAUUUCCCCUGGAAAUCUAUUUAAGUAUGUGUUUUCAGUGACAGAAAGUGAUUAAAGGGUGGAACUUGGAAGUAACCCGAGCACCUUGCUAGACGAGCCGAGCCGAGUCCUGCCGAGUCGAGCCGAGCCGAGCCGAGCCCAGCUGCAGCCAUGGGGAACCGGGGGAUGGAGGAAUUGAUCCCCCUGAUCAAUAAACUUCAGGAUGCUUUCAGUUCCAUCGGUCAGAGCUGCAAUUUGGAUUUACCCCAGAUCGCUGUGGUGGGAGGACAGAGCGCCGGAAAGAGCUCGGUUUUGGAAAAUUUCGUCGGCAGGGAUUUUCUCCCUCGUGGUUCAGGGAUCGUCACUCGCAGGCCUCUUGUUCUGCAGCUAAUAAACAACAAAGCAGAGUAUGCCGAGUUUCUACACUGUAAGGGGAAGAAGUUUGUGGACUUUGAUGAGGUCCGGAUGGAGAUCGAGGCUGAGACAGACAGGAUCACGGGUUCGAAUAAGGGAAUCUCCCCCAUUCCCAUCAACCUGAGAGUCUACUCACCUAAUGUGUUGAAUCUGACCCUCAUCGACCUGCCUGGGAUGACCAAGGUUGCCGUGGGCGACCAGCCGCCGGAUAUCGAGCACCAGAUCCGCGACAUGCUCUUGCAGUUCAUCACUAAAGAGAGCUGCCUGAUCCUUGCAGUCACUCCAGCCAACAUGGACCUGGCCAACUCCGACGCCCUCAAGAUCGCCAAGGAGGUGGACCCUCAGGGUCUGCGCACCAUCGGCGUGAUCACUAAGCUGGACCUGAUGGACGAGGGAACAGAUGCUCGAGACAUCCUGGAGAACAAGCUACUACCUCUGCGCAGAGGCUACAUCGGUGUGGUGAACCGCAGUCAGAAGGACAUCGACGGCAGGAAGGACAUUCGCGCCGCUCUGGCUGCUGAGAGGAAGUUCUUCCUGUCUCAUCCUGCUUACAGACACCUGGCUGAGCGAAUGGGAACGCCGCACCUGCAGAAGACCCUCAACCAGCAAUUGACUAAUCACAUCCGGGACACGCUGCCUGGAUUACGCAGUAAGUUGCAGUCGCAGCUCUUGUCUCUGGAGAAAGAGGUGGAGGAGUACAAGAACUUCCGUCCAGACGACCCCACACGCAAGACCAAGGCUCUGCUGCAGAUGGUGCAGCAGUUCGGUGUGGACUUUGAGAAGUGUAUCGAGGGCUCAGGAGAUCAGGUGGACACGGUGGAGCUGUCCGGAGGAGCCAGGAUCAACCGCAUCUUCCACGAGCGCUUCCCCUUCGAGUUGGUCAAGAUUGUGUUUGAUGAGAAGGAGCUGCGGCGAGAGAUCAGUCACGCCAUUAAGAACGUCCAUGGUGUCAGAACGGGGCUCUUCACCCCUGACUUGGCCUUCGAGGCCAUGGUGAAAAAGCAGAUCCUCAAACUGAAAGCUCCCAGUCUGAAGUGCGUGGACAUGGUGAUGAACGAGCUCACCACGCUCAUCAGAAAGUGUUCCAACAAGCUGAACUCGUACCCCCGGCUGAGAGAGGAGACAGAGAGAAUCGUCACUACAUAUGUCCGAGAGCGAGAGGGCAAGACAAAGGACCAGGUUCUGUUGCUGAUUGACAUCGAGCUGUCUUACAUCAACACCAACCACGAGGACUUCAUUGGAUUUGCCAAUGCACAACAGAGAACACUCGCAAACAAGAAAAGGCCUAUUCCAAACCAGCUAAGCGGACUCGUAGACGGAACACCAGAAAAGGUGAUCCGUAAAGGCUGGCUCACCAUCAACAUCAGCUUCAUGAAGGGAGGAUCUAAGGAGUACUGGUUCGUCCUGACCGCCGAGUCUCUGUCCUGGUACAAGGAUGAAGAGGAGAAGGAGAAGAAAUACAUGCUUCCUCUGGACAACCUCAAGCUCAGAGACGUGGAGAAAGGCUUCAUGUCCACCAAACACACCUUCGCUAUCUUCAACACGGAGCAAAGGAACGUUUAUAAAGACCUGCGGCAGAUCGAGCUGGCCUGCGAUUCCCAGGAGGAUGUGGACAGCUGGAAGGCCUCGUUCCUCCGUGCGGGCGUCUACCCUGAGAAAGAUCAGGCCGAGGCAGAUGAUGGAGCUCCAGCAGACACCUUCUCCAUGGACCCUCAGCUGGAGAGGCAGGUGGAAACCAUCCGUAACUUGGUGGACUCCUACAUCGGCAUCGUCAACAAGACCAUCAGAGACCUGAUGCCGAAGACCAUCAUGCACCUGAUGAUCAACAACGCGAAGGACUUCAUCCACUCGGAGCUGCUGGCCUACCUGUACUCUUCAGGGGAUCAGAACAGUCUGAUGGAGGAGUCGGUCGAUCAGGCUCAGAGAAGGGACGAGAUGCUGCGGAUGUACCACGCCCUGAAGGAGGCGCUCAGCAUCAUCGGUGACAUCAGCACCUCCACCAUCUCCGUGCCCAUGCCUCCGCCCGUUAAUGACAGCUGGAUUCAGGAGGCCAGCCCCACCCCUCAGCGACGGCCGGCCACUGCUGCCCCUCCCCCUAACAGGCCUCCAGCAGUGAGAGGGUCCACCCCGGGACCGCCUCCUCUAAACCCAUCCCCUGCUUUUGGUGCUCCGCCCAUCCCAUCCAGACCAGGACAGCCCAUGAACGCCUUUAGCAACAGUGGCCAGGAUCCAUUCAGUGCGCCGCCUCAGGUGCCCUCUCGCCCGGCACGUGUGCCCCCUGGGGUGCCCAGCCGAAGACCUCCUGGCGCUCCCACCCGGCCCACCAUAAUCCGCCCUGCUGAGCCCUCCCUUCUAGACUAGGCCUUCACCACACACACACACACACACACACACACACACACACACACACACACUGCGUAUAUGGGCCAACAAAGAGAAAUCGAGUGAUCUAGUGAGCGAUGGAGGAGGCUGCAGGGUUAGAAAGCUGCGGAUUUGUGGAUUUGUGUCUGUACAGCCAGCCUGACCAAUAAAUAUCCACCUGUCUAGUUUGUUCAGACUGUUCUGUCAUAUAAAAAACGCUGCUAAUUUCCUCCUUUUUAGGCACAUGAUCGAAAUUCCACAUGCAGGCUGUACUAUUAGUACGAUUAAUCAAACCACUUCUCUACAUUUUUUGUUUGUUUCCUCUAUAUUAUUUUCCUCGGGUUGGCCUCCAGGGGGCGCUGCUUUAACUGUGCGAUGAUGAGAUUUACUUUGGGUGACGUUUUUCUGUUUUGUUCAUCUCUCUCUCUCUCUCUCUCUCUCUCUCUCUCUCUCUCUCUCUCUCUCUGAAUGUAAAACAGCGUCCGCUCACUAGGAACUAGCCGAGACCUUUAUUAUAUAUAUUUGUUUUUAAUUUCUAGUAAAUAUAAUAUUAUUGUUUUUUUUGUUUGUUUGUUUGUUGUUUCCUUUCCGCAUCUCGACUAACCCUCCCACUCGACUAAGAAAAGAAGACGCCGUCGUUCUCGCCAUCUUUCCGUCAGCCUUUAAAAUCAUGAGGCGUAAUUUUAAUAAAUUCACUAAAGGACGUUUAGAUUAUUAGCAGGUGGAAGUUAAAUACGGCGCGUGGAAUAAUCACCGCUCUUCUGUAAACGUUCUGCGUGUCUGCGUAACAAUAUCGCGCGCGCGCGCGUGUGUGUGUUUAUGGCUAGCAUAGCGUCUCAGGUUUUCACAACUCCUGAUUGGUUAACCGAGUUUCUAUCACUUAUUCAUAUUCCCUUCAGCCUCUGUUUCACCUUCAGGGACGGAACGAGCAUCGUUAAAAGCGGGCAGAUGGGGAGAGUACGCGAUGGGGGGGUAGUUUUGACCAAUCAGACGCGAACAAGGAAUUUGUAGUUAGCGGACGAACACAAGUCACGUUUUACGACACGUUUGCAAAAAACAAUAACCUCACUUUUUCCUCAUUAAGUUAUUUAUUAAGUUGAAAAAAAUACAUAAUUUGAAACCUUCUAUAAAUGUGGAUAAGAAGAUGAUAAAGCGUUCGAAAUCGUACCCAGACCUCAUGCUAAUGUUUUGGUUUUGUUUUUCCUUGUAAUUUGGUCUAAACUACCCCCUCAGGUUGGAGAUUUGAACCCAGACUGUAUGAACAGGGUGGGAAAAAUGGAGCGCAUGCAUACUCUACAUGUACAUGAACUGUAAAAUGCUUCCUUUUAAAUAAUAAUAAUAAUAAUAAAUGAUAGUUGUUAAUAAUAAAGCAUUCGCGUGUCGGCGGACGGAAAGACGAAGCCGCCGACGUCACGAGCGAUCGCAAGCAAACAAGUCGGUUACUAAUAAACACAUUAACAGGGCCGAGGGACAGGGGGACGGCUUUGAGGUUAUAUACAUGUGCAGUUUGGAUUUUUAAUUUCUUUCUUUCUUUCUUUUCCUUUUUUUUUUUUUUUUGAGUGUAUUAUUUAUAACCCGGGCAUUUGUCAUGGAAGUUUUUGAUUUCCCCUUUUUUUUUUUUUGUUUGUUUGUUUGUUGUUGUUUGUUUCUAUGCUUUCGGAGAAAUCAUGUGUGUAGGAUAGUGCAGGGAGGCGGUCCGAAGACGCGUCACGUCACACGACGCCUUCGACAAGAAAUCUAUAAACAAACAGAAAUAAAUCAGAGCUGAAGAAGGGGAAUUUACCCGGAAUUAUGAUCGGCCCUAACUUCGGUCCCUGUGGUGUUUCCGGUCAUCAGAUUGACGCAGAAUGACGGUGUUCGGUGUUCGAUUUUUUUUAACGGGUUCAAAGGGGUGAUAACUGCUGAUAAGGAUGAUUGUGAUGAUGAUGAUGUUGAUGAUGAUGAUGAUUUCUGGGUUUUGCUUUUGGAUUAAUCGUGAUUUUUUUUUUAAAAAAAAACUGAUAUGGAGAGACGAAGGACAGAGAAUUCCGGUACCUCAAAAAUGAAGUACAGUAAAAUAAAUGAGUGAGGUCAGAUGUCUCGAGGUUUUAAUCCUGAUCUGAUUCACUUAUGCACAGCGUGGCUAUGAUGUCAUAUUUACAUUCUAAUAAAAGGCUCUAUAUAAGUAUAUAGAAGACUAAUCGUAGCCACGCCCACCGAGCGUAAUCUCUCCUCCGUCACUCUCCAUGCCUCUCAUCUCUCGGGUUUCCUGCGGGAGAAACACAUGACCACCCUGUAGAAGUUCUCCUAUUUGUAUUCCUUUCAUAUUUUGUUUUGUUUUUUCUUUUGAAAUCAUCAAUCCUUGUCAAGUGCCUCUGUAGCAAUUAAUGCACUCUGAGCAAAAAAACAAUGGUGGAAAAUUGGAAAAACUACGAGCUAAUAAAAAGAGGUAUUGUGUACAAUAAAAGGGACUUCCUGUGGUGAUUGGUGUUUCCUUGUGUCCUUGAUUUUCCUUUCUGUCUCCUGGCUGCAUCUGUCCAUCUGCAUCUUUCACACACCAACCUCAUCCUUAAGACCGUAUCAGGCGUACGGGGUUUCUGCAGGUCCUCACUUUUGGUUUUGAACCUUAUGUUAUAAAUCGGUUUAUUUAUCUGUAGAAUCUAGUGCAAAAGUUUGGAUAUUCUCAGCACACACCUUGUCAUGAGGAUG